CUCUCUUUCUCUCUUAGUAGUCUUCUUGUUUUUAUUAUGAGUGAAGUAUGUGCUUUAUUUUAAGAGCGCGUUUUUCUCUCUCGUCAAAUCUCGCCGUGUCUGGCGCGAUUUAUUCAGAGAAGGGGUCGAAAACAAUAAAAUAAAAGGAAUUCCGGUAAUUUUAAGAGAGCCAAAACAAUUGAAAGAGCAGACGUAGACAGGUUCGGGAGUGGAAGGUAUAUUUUAAUGCGAGCCAAGUCCGAGUUAUUAUUGGAAGGAAAAAAGAAAGAAAAUAAAGAAAGAAAAGUUGAGAACUUUUUAUUUUUAUUUUGUUCUUUCUUCUCCGAAGAGAUGUCGUCUUAUGUGCCGGAGAUGUCUUUCAUAACUUUUAUCUGAACAGUUGUUCUACGAAGAGUUCGACACGGCUUUUCAUUCAUUCCUCUGCAGUUUAGAGAACGUUCUGUCAUGACUGAAAUUAAAACUGCAGGAGGCGGAAAUGAAAUGGUGGAUGGAGGAAGAAGAAGGGGUAAAUGCAAAUGGUUCAACGUAGCUAAAGGAUGGGGGUUCAUAACCCCAAGUGACGGCGGACCUGACGUUUUUGUGCACCAGUCUGUUAUUCAGAUGCCGGGUUUUCGAAGUCUUGGAGACGAAGAAGUGGUCGAAUUCGAAUAUAAAUCAUCAGAUAAAGGUCUGGAGGCCACAUUUGUGACUGGACCAGAGGGUGAAAACUGCAAAGGAUCGCAUCGCAGACCCACCUCCAAAAAAAGAUUCAGGAAGAUCAGGUGCUACAACUGUGGGGAGUUUGCCAACCACAUAGCUGCCAAAUGCUCCAUGGGACCACAGCCCAAACGCUGCCACCACUGCAAAUCCGUUGAUCACCUGAUCGCCGAUUGCCCAUCCAAGGAAGAAGCCAAAAAGAAUUCGAACAAGAACAAUAACAAUGACAAUUUCUGCGACAACAACAGAAACACUUGUGAACUCCGCGUCGAGGAAGACGAAGAGAUUCGAAACUCUUUCAAAAGUCUUCUAGUGGACGAAGCAGACGAUGACGACGAAGACAUACAACUGCACGACCAUCGAAUCAAUUGCUCCUCCUCCCCCGCAUCCUCAUGCGGCUCCUCUUUGGACAAAAGAGAACUGUAGUGUUUCAAUCGAACAAAAGGAUGGAGGGGGAAAAAAGCAUCAAAUUUCAAAAUAGAUAACUUAUUCAUGAUGUUGUGUGUGCAGGAGCAUGCUCAUGUAUGAAAACAUAAAUGUGCGUUUGAUGGAGGGAAAGACUAACUACUUUGUUUGGCAGUAGUUAUAGGGGAUGUGUUGUUGUUGUUGUUGUCCAUGUAAAUAAAUGCUCACGGCUGGCAUUUGGACGUUUCAAAUUUUUACUGAUAAUGUUUUAUUGAUUUUAUUGCUUUAAACCAAUUUCUCAAAUGAUAUUUAACUCAUUUUUAUACAGUCAUUCUUCAACUGAUAUUUAAUGAAUAUAGUUCGUUCACUAGGAGUUGGCACUCGGCUCCACCUCCUCGGACGCAGAGUUCAUUUCAUCGCGGGAGUGAGAAGAGAAACAUCACCGCGCUUGAAAUUGAGACAACCCUUAAUGCGCGCCACAAGCAAACAGUGACUUAUUUUUCAGUCUACUUCGUUUUAUCAUCUGCUAUUAUACCUUUCGUUUCUCUAGCUAAUUAAAAUAUAUUAUAAAUUUAAAUACUGCUUUUUCCUAGCUAAAUAUCUCAAAAAUGACAAAUUCACUCAAAAGGGAGAAAUAUCAUAAAAAAUGGCGUGAAAUAUCAAAUUUGUGAAAUAUUUAAUGUUAAAAAAAUGCACAUAAAGUUUGCGAAAUAAAUAUUUUUGCCAUACGAUCGCCAAAUAAACCUAUACCACGUGAUAAAGGCGGAGCCAAGUGCCAACUCCUGGUGAACGAGCUAUACUUUUAAAGUGAUAUUUAAACUAAUACUAGUGUAGACUUCCUGAGUACAUCAACUUCCAAGUUAUAGUUUAAUUAUUGUGGCUGUGUUUCGAUGUUUGGUACAUUUCGAACUUAAAUUUAUAAAUGAAAAGUCUCAAAAUAAAAUUGACUUAUUUAUUU